AUGAAUAUAAAUAUGAGAAGUAGAACAAGUUGUACGUUUAUAUUACUUGUUUGUUUUUGGAUGUGUCAAUUAGCUAACGUUGUUGUUUGUGAGUGUAGUAAAAAUAUGGUAAUUUUCAAUUUUGGAGAUUCAAAUUCAGACACAGGUGGUUAUCCAGCUGCUCAUGGAAUCAGAUUUGGAUAUCCAGAUGGUCGUGCCUUUUUUCAUCAGCCAUCUGAUAGAUUGUGUGAUGGACGAUUGAUUCUUGACUUCCUUUGUGAAAAUCUGAAUAUGAGCUAUUUGACUCCAUAUCUGGAAUCUGUAAGGCCGAAUUUUAAGAACGGGGUAAAUUUUGCAAUUGGAGGUGCAACUAUACUCCCCAAAAAUGUUUUAUUUAGUCUGAGUACUCAAGUUCUUCAAUUUGUAAGGUUUCUUCAGUUACAAUCCAAAGGUUCGGAAGAGUUGGUUGAUAAAAUAGAUUUGAAGAAGGCAAUAUACAUGAUAGACAUAGGACAAAAUGAUCUUGCUGGUGCAUUCACUUACCUUUCACAAGCUUCUCAAGUUAUUGAAAAGAUCCCUUCUUUCAUAUCAGAAAUUCAAGAUGCAAUUCUGGGCAUAUACAAACAUGGAGGGAAGAAUUUCUGGAUUCAUAACACGGGACCGUUAGGUUGUUUGCCACAAAAGGUUGCCACAAGAAAUGCAAGUAAUUCGAACGAUGUUGAUGAUCAUGGAUGUGUUAAGUCUAUGAACGAAGCUGCACAAGCAUUUAACUAUCAAUUGCGCGCUCUUUGUGAACAAUUGAGGCUCCAAAUGAAGGACACAACCAUUGUGUAUGUCGAUAUGUAUGCCAUCAAGUACGACCUCAUCGCCAAUUCUAGCACUUAUGGUAUUCAAAAUCCAUUGAUGGUGUGUUGUGGUUAUGGGGGUCCGCCUUAUAACUAUAAUUCCAACAUAACUUGUCGUCAAAGUGGUUGUACUCUGUGCGAGGAAAGUGGUGCAUAUGUCAGCUGGGAUGGAGUUCACUACACUGAGUUUGCUAAUUCAAUUGUUGCUUCCAAAGUACUCUCCACUAAUUAUUCUACUCCACCUCUGGACUUGCAUCACUUUUGUACCUAGAAAUUCAUUACCA